UUUUUCAGGGCAAAGUAUGACAUCAACAUCUAAAGGCAUUUUCCGACCAUUUCUAGUUGUCUGCAUUGUGUUGAUCUGUUUCAUGGUAUGUAUAUUGAUAUAUGUGAAACCAACAAACAAUUGGAUCUCCAGCCCAAUAGAAUCAGCUAACUCUGUACUUAAGAUGAAGAAUUUUUUCUCUAGUAAAAGGGAGGAUUACAAUGAAACCAUUGUUCUUAUUUGGGUAUGGCCUUUCGGACAAACCUUUGAACUCCAGUCUUGUGAAGCUCUUUUUAAUAUCCGUGGGUGCCAUUUAACUACUGACCGCACACUGUACAACAAAUCCCAUGCAGUUCUUAUACAUCACAGGGAUAUCACCUGGGAUUUGACAAACCUACCAGUGCAAGUAAGACCACCCUUUCAAAAAUGGAUUUGGAUGAAUCUAGAGUCACCAACCCAUACACCACAAAAAAGUGGAAUUGAACAUUUAUUUAAUCUCACAUUGACCUACAGACGGGACUCAGACAUUCAGGUGCCUUAUGGCUUUAUGGUCGUAAGCACUCAGCCCUUUGAAUUUGAAGUGCCAAGCAAGGAUAAACUGGUCUGUUGGGUUGUGAGCAAUUGGAAUCCUGAUCAUGUGAGAGUCAAAUAUUACAAUGAUCUCAACAAAUACAUUGAAAUCCUGACUUUUGGCCAAGCCUUUGGGGAAUACUUGAGUGAUAAAAGCUUGAUUCCAACCAUCUCUACUUGUAAAUUUUAUUUGUCAUUUGAAAAUUCUCUCCAUAAGGACUACAUAACAGAAAAACUUUAUAAUGCAUUACUGGCAGGAUCGGUGCCCAUUGUGCUAGGUCCACCAAGAGAAAACUAUGAAAAUUAUAUACCAGCAGACUCUUUCAUCCAUGUGGAAGAUUUUCUCUCUCCAAGAGAGUUGGCAGAUUAUCUGUUAAUUCUGAACAAAGAUACUGAGCGCUAUCUGGCAUACUUCAACUGGAGGAAAUACUACACAGUGAACUUGCCCCAUUUCUGGGAGUCUCACGCUUGCCUAGCAUGUGAUCAUGUUAAAAGACAUCAGGAGUACAAAUCUGUCAGUAAUCUGGAAAAAUGGUUUUGGAACUAA